UCCAGAGCGCUCGGUGAGAGAAAGAGAAAGAGCGAGAGCAAUCACAUCAUGACGCUUUAUCAUACACAUCUAUUUCCCCAACUGACGCUGUCGUGAUAACAUCGGACAUUUACUGACAGACGGCUCUUUAGAUGGCUCCGUAGGUACUACUAACGUAUUCUGAAACAUGGCUUUACCUGACAAUGCUAUUAGCCGUCCUGUCGAGGACCUGUCCUUCCCUGAAAUCAUUGAGCUGAACGUGGGGGGUCAGGUGUAUAUCACACGCGUCUCGACUCUGACCAGCGUGCCGGACUCGCUCCUGUGGGAGAUGUUCAGUCAGAAGAGCACCAGCAGCCUGGCGCGAGACACCAAAGGUCGCUUCUUCGUGGACCGAGACGGAUUCCUGUUCCGUUAUAUUCUGGACUACAUGCGAGACGGUCAGCUGGUGCUCCCGGAGCACUUCCCCGAGCGAGGCCGUCUGCAGCGAGAGGCCGAGUUCUUCAACCUCCCCGAGCUGGUGAAGCUGCUGGCCCCCAAGCUCACGAAGCAGAGCUCUCUGGGGGACGAGGGCUGUCAGAGCGACCCCGAGGAUCCCUCGCCCGGGGCCGACGUCGCCCGCAGCCUCGGGGCCGCUCCCUGCUCCAGCGACGGAAAGUGCUCCGGCUUCAUCACCAUCGGCUACCGGGGCUCCUACACGCUCGGCCGAGACAGCCAAACAGACGCCAAGUUCAGACGCGUGGCUCGGAUCAUGGUGUGUGGGAAGACCUCUCUCGCUAAGGAGGUUUUCGGGGAAACGCUGAACGAGAGUCGCGACCCCGAUCGCCCUCCAGAGCGCUACACGGCACGCUUUUACCUAAAGUUUACUUUCCUGGAGCAGGCUUUUGACCGGUUGGCGGAUGCCGGCUUCCACAUGGUGGCCUGUAACUCCACAGGGACCUGCGCCUUCGCUCACGAGCAGACUGACGACAAAAUCUGGACCAGCUACACCGAAUACGUAUUCUUCCGUGAGUGAUCUUAACCCCUGCCUCCCGAGCCAGAGAUCAUGUAGAAGCUUCUAGAUCACGUCCAUCAG